GGCCUAUGGGAACGGGCCAGUGGGGGGAUAUAAAUACAUUUCUAGCGUAUGACAAUGUCCACCAUAAAUAAAAAAGUUCUUGAAUUUUGCCAAAACCCCCUUCUUCAUUGCCGACAGAUCGAAGAGAAAAUGCCAGCUGAAGAAGAGCUAAGAAUCUUCGAUAUUUACUGGUUUGAGCAUUGCAUCCUUAGGAAAAAACAACCCUCAACCUCAAAUCCAGUUCUUGAUAUUGAUGAAGAGGUUGAACCAAAAUUAAAGCUUUCUUCCACUCCUUCAUUUGUUGUUAGGUCUUUUAGUGAGCAAAAUUUGAGCUCCAAAGAUAGCCCAUCGACUGCUUCUCCUGAUCAUGGGUCUCCUUCUCCAAAGUCUGUUCUCCUUUUGCCUAAGCCACAAACGAUUCUGUCUGGGAAGGAAGUCGGAGAGUUUUCAGAAGUAGAAGAAAAUAAAGCUGGUUUUGAUGCAGGGAAAAAGAGGAGGAGGAGGAGAGAGAGGAGAAGAAACAAUAGCAAGAGUUUGUCUGAGCUUGAGUUUGAGGAGUUAAAAGGGUUUAUGGAUCUGGGAUUUGUGUUUUCUGAUGAAGAUAAAGAUUCAAGCUUGGUUUCCAUCAUCCCUGGAUUGCAAAGAUUGGGAAGGAAUGUUGACGAAGAAGAAGAAAAGAAGGAUUUUGCUGAUGAAAAACCUGUUGUUUCAAGGCCAUAUCUAUCUGAAGCAUGGGACGUUUUAGACGAAAAGAAGGCUGAGAGAAAGGUAAAGAAGAAAUUGAUGAAUUGGAAAAUUAAUCCAGGUUUGGGAAAUGAAAUGGAAAUCAAAGAUCAACUCAGGUUCUGGGCUCAUACUGUUGCAUCUACUGUUAGAUGACCACUUUUUGUAUUGUAUAUAUAUAUAUAUAUAUAUAUAUUUUCCCCUUU